UUUUCCGAUUCUGUGUGAGAGAGCAGAGCGGACUACGGCAACAUCUCUUCUUCUUACCAGAGGAAAUACACACCGACUCAUUCUCACAGCUACGGAGCAGUUACACCUUAUCAGUACUCUACCGAAUUACCGGGACAUCUUCUACCCAAGGAGACUAGAAUAAAUAAAGGAAAAACACGUUAAAACAUUAUUACCUAUCGGUUAAAUUAGAGGAGCCGAUAUACCGAUAUCCCAGCAACACGAAAGACAGACUUGGCUAGUCCACCAGGAUAACAUACCGGAGCUUUCGGGAGCACGAGGAAAGGGAGAGGGAUAAAGGAGGAGAAGACAGGAUGAUUCUCAAGCAUCAUUUGGUUCUGACGCUGUGCGCCGUCUACGGGAUACUGCUAAAAGUGACGGCACAGAAAAGCACAUUGAGAGGGUCGUCAGGGCAGCAACCCUUGGUCCAGAAUCAGACAGUAACAGAGGGGGGGACAGCCAACAUGACUUGCAGGGUAGAGUACAACGACCAAACCUCCCUCCAGUGGUCUAACCCUGCACAGCAGACACUGUUCUUCGGAGACAAGAAAGCUUUGAGAGAUAACCGUAUCGAGCUGGUCCGAGCGUCGUGGUCGGAGCUGACCAUUAGUAUCAGUGAGGUGACACUGGCUGACGAGGGGAUGUACACCUGUUCUCUAUUCACCAUGCCUGUGAAGACCGCCAAGGCCUACCUUACUGUACUGGGGGUGCCAGAGAUGCCAGAGAUAGACGGUCUGACAAAGCCUGCCCUGGAGGGAGAUGAGAUCACUCUGACCUGCAUGACCCACGGCUCCAAGCCUGCUGCUGACCUCCGCUGGUUCAGGAACGAGAAGGAGAUCAAAGGUCAGGACACUGUACUACUAGGUCAGAGGUUAGAGGUCAGAGACGUCCCCAGCACCCUCCCUCCAUCCACCACCCCACCUCCCCGCCCCACCCCACCAGACACCACCGCCCCCUUAGACCCCCACCUGGCCUCCUCAGACCCUCCAAACACCAACAACAGAGACCCCAACGCCAUGGGGCAGCAUGGUCCAGACCAUGCUCUGAUUGGAGGAGUGGUGGCGGUGGUGGUCUUCGUCACCUUGUGUCUCAUCAUCGUUCUGGGCCGCUACCUGGCCAGGCAUAAAGGAACGUACCUGACCAACGAGGCCAAAGGAGCGGACGACGCGCCUGACGCUGAUACAGCUAUCAUCAACGCAGAGGGCAACACACAUGCUGAGGAGAAGAAGGAGUACUUUAUCUAGACUGUAGAGGGCGCUGAUCUGCUGCCCGCUCUUUCUCUCUGUCUUUAUGUCUCUAUUCCUCUAUCUCUCUCCCUCUCAUUCUCUUUAUCUCUUUCUUCAUCCCUUUCUAUACUUUAUUUAGACUACAGAGGGAGAUAUGCUGCCCCCUCUUUCUCUCCCUUUUUCUCUCUCUCUUUCCAUUUUCUCCUUCUGUCUCUCUCUCUCUCUCUACACUGCCCCUGCUGCGUCACUAAGGAAACCCCUUGGAAAAACUCCACCUUCUCCUUCUCCCCUCAUCCCUUCUUCCCUGCUGGCCUUUCUGUUCUCUUUUUUUAGCAUUUCAUUCCGACCCUUCACUUCUUCUACACUUUUUUUUAUAUUUUUUUAACCGUCCUAAUUCUGACGCCGGCCUCCGUUUUUAAAGGCAGCGCCCUCUACUGGCUGUCUGGAGAUGUUGCCUUUUAUUUAGUAUUUUUUCUUUCUUUCAAUUUUACAUAUUUUAUGUGAAAUAAACCCCUGAGAAUCUGCAUAUCCACCGACA